GUGACAGCGUAGUCAUCGAAACGUAAUACUUUUAAAUAUCAUAUCGGUUGUGCCAUAUAACUUAUAUCAUAUUUACUUUACCAACACGAAGAACAUGUUGCAGAUUAUCUAAGGGUCGAAUAUCACCACGUGGUCUUGGAAGAAAUCAUCAACCUAUGUCAUUAUAUCUGUAUACAUACAAUAAUGAUAUAACAUAUUCUGAGCCUUGGGUUAGGAAUUGGUGUCAAACCCCUGAACAGAUCACAACUGACAGGGUCAGCAUCUUAGUCUUUAUUCGAAAAUGACCGAGGUGAUACGAUUGUUAAUAAAAUAUUUCUCCAGUUAUGUAGAUAGCGAUACAUUUCAGCGGAAACCACUUCCGGUAUGGCGGAUAUGUCGUUUCUUGACAUCCGCAGUCCUUGUUUCUGUGUAAUUUGUGAAUUAAUCAGCGUUAAUAUUGUUACGUAUAACUGGAAAUAGUUUUACCUGACAUUUUGACAUAAACAUGGUGCUGGUGUGGCAUCUACGCUACACGCAACUUGACGAUACACACUUAUCUCCCCUUCUUCCUUCUCAGGACCCUCCCAAGAUGAUGGAAGGGCGGAAAAGACGUUCCCUGGAAGAAGACAUUGUCUCGCAGGGACAAAAGAGGAUCCGUUUACAGGAACCAGACGUAAUACAGCAAGUGCGAAAACAAGAAAUCGAAGUCCUUCAAACGUUCGACUUCAACAACAUUUAUGAAAAUGUGGAGUUUACCAAAGUCAUGACUCUAGACCAAUACCGGAAGUGCCGUCCAUAUAAAGUUUUCCAUUAUCCCGGCAGAAGCAAAGGAGAGAUAGUCUUUCAUCUGAGUUGUGAUGGCAGUUUUGAACUCACUGCAAUAAACGUUUGUCUGACUCACUGUGCCACUAACUGUCAUGGCGUAGUUGACAUGUACGUCAAUGGGCAGCCAUUUUUACUUGGAUAUCGGAAUGCUAAUGCAUUAGAUUUUGAGGAGCAAGUUUUCCGUAUACCACCAUCUUUGUGUAUAGCAGGUGUCAACGUUUUCUCUAUAGUGCUAAAUGAAUCUAGUCCUGGUGUCUAUUGGCUCUCGGAUGCACGCGUGGCUAUAGAAAAACUUAUGUGAGCGAUGCUUAUGGAGAACUAGUGUGGUUCUAGUCCUGAUAGAGUGGCACUGUUAAGCACGUGGAAAGCUAUCUUAGUUUAGCCUCGUUGUGACUGUAGAUGUUCCAACCUCACGCCACAAACGAUAACUCCUCAUACCUUUUUAGUUUAGACCUCAGUUUAUCGUAAAGCGCUCAUUAGAACGAGACUGCGGCAAACAUGUACAUGUAUGCUGUGUUAUGUCUGUCUUAAAUGUCAAUGUUACCUAGUUUUUAAGUCUUUUACAAAUGUCACAGUAUGAUAUUUUGCGCUACAUUGUGUGUCGAUGUUUGUAAUAUUUAUCAUGGAAAUGUACUCGUGGUGCUAAAAUGGAUGUUGUGAUGUAUUUAUACUUUCAUGAGUAAUAUGUGAUAUGAGCAAUUCCUUGUAAAUGUUUGUGCAUUCUCUUGAACACGUGCACCGCCAUUUUUGGUGUAAACCUGAUCGUACAAACCAGUAUGUAAUACACACAAAUGAGAAUGGUACUGAUAUGAUAACUGUAACAGAGAGCAUGAUAAAUUAGAUUUAAAUAACAAAAGGGCUCUUUUAAAAUAUAUAGUAAUGAACAGAGUAUCUGAGAUAUAAAACGUGUGUAAAACACAGUGUUAUUUUAUUUGAGUAUGUUGGUAAACCAUUUAAAGAAAUAGCCAAUGCACCAGGACAUCGCUAACAUGGAUAUGUUUACAGCGAUGGAAGUAAAGAAUUCCUGCUUCGUACAUCGCUAAUCAAUUAAGACAAUAAAAGCAUAUCAUCCGUUAUACGAUGUAUGUCCGGCAGCAUUACCACGUCUAGAUAUAUCCCAUGAUAUUAUAUUGUACACAAUACCACGCCCAUAUAUGGUACACAAUACCACCCCCAUAUAUGAUACACAUUGCCACCCUCAUAUAUGGUACACAAUACCACCCCCAUAUAUGGUACACAAUACUACCCCCAUAUAUGGUAAACAUUGCCACCCCCAUAUAUGGUUAACAUUGCCACCCCCAUAUAUGGUACACAUUGCCACCCCCAUAUAUGGUAAACAUUGCCACCCCCAUAUAUGGUAAACAUUGCCACCCCCAUAUAUGGUACACAAUACCACCCCCAUAUAUGGUAAAUAUUGCCACCCCCAUAUAGUGUACACAUUGCCACCCCCAUAUAUGGUACACAUUGCCACCCCCAUAUAUGGUACACAAUACCACCCCCAUAUAUGGUACACAAUACUACCCCCAUAUAUGGUAAAUAUUGCCACCCCCAUAUAGUGUACACAUUGCCACCCCCAUAUAUGGUACACAUUGCCACCCCAUAUAUGGUACACAUUGUCACGCCCAUAUAGUGUACACAUUAUCACGCCCAUAUAGUGUACACAUUGUCACGCCCAUAUAGUGUACACAUUGGCACCCCCAUAUAGUGUACACAUUGUCACGCCCAUAUCGUGUACACAUUGUCACGCCCAUAUAGUGUACACAUUGUCACGCCCAUAUAGUGUACACAUUGUCACGCCCAUAUAGUGUACACAUUGUCACGCCCAUAUAGUGUACACAUUGUCACGCCCAUAUAGUGUACACAUUGUCACGCCCAUAUAGUGUACACUUUGUCACGCCCAUAUAGUGUACACAUUGUCACACCCAUAUAGUGUACACAUUGUCACACCCAUAUAGUGUACACAUUGGCACGACCAUAUUCUGUACACGUCGCCAGGUUCAUGCACUCUUUGUUACGCCUAUAUUUAUACACUGAAAUUUCAUGACUCUGCCUGACAGCUGUAGUAUCUAGGGAAAUGCUGAAACAUUAUGCUAAUAAUUUGCAAUAUUGAUUAAGUUAUUAUUUAUAUAUAUAUAUUUCAGUAUGUUACUAUCUGUGUGUUAUCUUUUUAGAAUUGUUUCUACUUUCAGCAUUUGGAUAUGUUUUUAAAAAGGUUUGAAACCCGAACAAUUGGCGUUCACUGUUACCGCUUUACGCUAUGUUAUUACUUAAUCAUGGCUACAUCAUAAAAUUGUUAUCUUUUCAAAUUGCCUGUGAUAUUUCGAACUUUCCGAUAUUGAUUUUACAACAAAUUUAGAUGUUGAUAUUUCAGUGUGAUGACAUUUAUCAUUUUAGUCUGAUGAUUUUAUAUAUAAGUUUUUCUUUAUCUUUUAUUUCUACACGUUUUAUUUAUGAUUUUAUCAAUACUUUAUAUUAUUAAUUAAUAUUUACAAAUUUCUCACAAAUAUUAACUUGUAUGCAAAGAGCGACUAUAACUGUAAAAAAUCACUGUUGGAAAUUAUUAUCAUGAGUUAUAUUGUCCACAACCAUAUUUUGUCAAUCAGUCCAAAAAAUAACAAUACAAUUCGAUAGAUCCUACAAGAAUGCAUGUAAACGCUUGUCAAAAAAAAAAUCAAGAAAAAAAAAAAAAAAAAAAAAAAACAACAACCCA